GGAUUGCUGUACCUGCUCAACACCAAGCUCUACUGACCUAUCUCUGAGCUUCUCUCGUCAUCCAUCCGCCAAACCACAACAACAUCAACUACAACAGCCAACAGCGAAUAACGUCAUCAUCCUCGAGUUCUGGAUAACUACCGAUUUCGCACUCUGCGCUUAAAACAAUCACACACUCUCGACGACAGCGACCGCCGCCAUCAUGGGUUCCGACCCCCAGUACGCGAAAUGGCCAUUGCUGCCUCUGUCGCAGCACGUUUUCACCCUCACAAACGGUUAUGCCACUAAAAAUGCGCAACAAGCCGCUGUAAAGGCUCUUCAAGAUGCUAUCGCCCAGGACAAGAUGGCUCCUUUCUAUCGAUAUCUGGCCCAUCCACUCGACGGCGUCCUCAACACUCUUGGUGAGGGCGGCUCUUCCGCUCCUGGACGACCUCUCAGCAGAAAGUCCAGUCUUGUUGGAAUGAUUGCUACUAAGCCUGCCGCUACCAUUAUCAGUCUUCCCUGGGACGAGGCCCUUUACAACCAGCUGAAGGAAGAUAAUGAUCGGGAGCUGCAAGAGUUCCAGAAAGAGGAGGAUGACGCUGUUGAGCAAGCUGGUGACACCGAAGUCAUGGCUGCCCAGGGGAAGCGAGCUGAGUUCUGGGCGCGUGUAGGAGACAAGGACAAGGCCAUUGCCGCCUACGAGAGCCUCUCCGAAAAGACGGGUAUCCUCGGUACCAAGAUCGACCUCGUCCUCGCCAUAAUACGCAUGGGUCUCUUCUAUGGCGACAAACCUCUUGUCAAGAAGCACGUCGAACGCGCCAAGUCCCUCGUCGAAUCAGGCGGUGACUGGGACCGCCGCAACCGUCUCAAGGCCUACGAGGGUCUGCACCUACUCACACUUCGCUCCUACAACCUCGCUGCGCCUCUACUGCUCGACUCUCUCUCCACAUUCACCAGUUAUGAACUCUGCACCUACUCCAACCUCGUCGUGUACUCCGUUCUUGCUGGUUCAGUAUCCCUCAAGCGAGUCGAUUUCAAGUCCAAGGUUGUAGACGCACCUGAAAUCAAGGCUAUUCUGGGUGAUGGUGAGGACAAGCUUCUUGCUCUCAGUGGUGCCCUCAGUGCUGGCCCUGGUGCUGAUGACACUACUGGUGCGAAGGCUCCUAAGACGGCCACCGCUGCUGUCAACCUGACCACGUUGGGUACCAGCACGGAGCAACCUGAAGCUGAGAUGGCCAUUGACUUUAGCCCUCUAGCGCUGCUCGUUAGUAGUUUGUACAACGGAAACUAUAAGACCUUCUUCAAAUCUCUGGCCGAGGUCGAGGAGCAGUUCCUAAACCAGGAUCGCUAUCUUCAUGAGCACAAGAACUGGUUUAUUCGGGAGAUGCGACUUCGCGCCUAUCAGCAGCUUCUUCAAAGCUACAGAGUUGUUGGCCUGGAGAGCAUGGCCAAUGACUUCGGAGUCACUGUUGACUUCCUCGAUCGUGAUCUCGCCCGCUUCAUCGCUGCUGGGCGUAUCCCCUGCACCAUCGAUCGCGUGACAGGCAAGGGUGUGAUCGAGACAAACCGCCCCGAUGACAAGAACAAGCAGUACCAGGAUGUUGUGCGACAGGGUGAUCAGCUCAUCACAAAACUACAAAAGUACGGCCAGGCUGUGCGACUGAGGGGUAGUGAGAGGGCAUAAAUGAGGCGAUUUAUUGAUGAGGAAGCUGGUGCUUGGCUUUGUCAUGCCGUAGUGGGGGAUAAAGCGAAGAGACAGAGAAUAAGCCCAUGCCUUUACCUAUUUACUUGACUGUACAGAUAUGAUAUGUUAUGUUAUGGAUUAGACAAGCCAUUGCGGUAAUAGAUUGGCUGGGUCCCAGUGAGGAGAGCCAGAAAAAUGGGCUGAUCUGAUAUUGCCCCCCUUCCACACCGAGGUGACAACUG